GUAAAGGUUGACAAAGCGCAUGCAUACAUUAUUCACGAGGUUCCCGAUGCGGAGACAUCGUUUUGGCCUGACGACGGCCUUGUUGAACGAUCGAUGGCGCACGCGAUGGAGUUCACAGAAAAGAAAGAUCUGGCGGGUGUGGAGCUUGUGCUGGAGCUCGACAAGGAGAGGAGCGCGCGCUUCACUCACUCCAUGCAGAAGGAUUUUCAGGGACACGUGGUCCACUCCGAUGCUUUCUUGUUAUGUGGACUAGCGCGAACUGGGCUCAAUGGGGGCGAACUGCAAGUGACAUGGAGGGGCAAACCGUGGGCUAGUGUCGACUUCGUACGUUACCCCCACGAGCACCUUGAG